AUGGCUGUCGAACAAAUACAAAAAUUGCUCAUAUCUCUCUGUUUACUAGCUACAAUCGGUUUAGCAACUGACAUUGCAUGCUAUCCAGUCGAGUGCAAGUUGAGUACUCAGACUUUUACUUCAGAAACCUGUGCAUAUUGGGAUAAAGUGUCGGACACUUAUUAUUUGCAAGACUGCAACUCAACUUCAUACUGCGCAUUCCCUGAAUUUGAGGAUCCUGCAAAUUCUACUUGUUCUACAACCCCAGUUACUGCUUUAAAUAAAUAUAUCGAAUGGGUUACUUAUUGAUUCCUGCUCUAAACCAAUUGUUUUGCAAAAAAUUAAAAUUGUUCCCCAUUUUUGAAAAAUAAUUUUUUCCCUUGUAAAUACUUUCUAAAAUAUCUAAAUGAUAGUCUGCAUUAUAUCCUGGCGAAAAAUGCACAGCUGACUCUGACUGUGACACUACUUACGCUGCAGGUGGAUGUGCCAGCGGUGUCUGUGUAGGUGUAAGCUCUAACGGAAACUGCACACAGAAUGGUGAAUGCAAUCCUGGGCUUUUCUGCAGUUCAGAAGGCAAAUGUGUUUCUCAGUUAAAAGUAGGCAGCCAAUGUGAAAACGAUUACCAAUGUAUAAAUUGGGCUGGCUGUAAUAUUACAAGCACAGCCACUUAUGGUACAUGUGUUUCUUAUUACAGUGUUUCUGACAAUACUCGUAUAGCCUAUUGUAGUGAUGCUAUGCAAACUAAUUUAUGCGCUUCUACUUUAUGCGAUACUGUUAACGGUGAAGCAGUCUGUUUAAGCUCUCUAAAAUCUAGUAAGGGUAACUUAUUACCUAUUAUCUGUCAAAAUAGUGACGAAUGUGAGUCAACAGUAGACCCAGGAACUGGCAGCAGCUAUACAGUAGACUGUACUUGUGGACUUAAUAAGCAUGGCUAUAGCUUCUGUGGCCAAUGGCCUGGAGAUCCAGACUAUGCCAAUCUGAUACAGAUGUGGAAAAAAUGGACUCUUUCAGCAAGUAUAGACAAAUGCAAUACAGUGAGAAGGUUUAAAAAGGUCUGUGUGGCUGACUGGUGGGAUUCAAAUGAUGUGACACUUUUGAAUUAUUUCAACCUGAAGGUGAAUAACUGGCCUUAUCUUCAGAUGAAUGAUGAGUGUGUUCAGGAUAUAUUUAUGAGCCUGUAUUAUGAAGUGAAAGAAGCUUAUAAUGCAAUUCGCAAUACUACUGAUCCUGAUGAGCAUCAUGGGUCUUCCUCAGCUAUUUUAUUAGCGUUUUCGCUAUCUUUUUUAGCUUAUGCUUAA